AGCGCGCCGUUUUCAACGACGCGCCCUGUCUUCCGUAUCGCACGUGUUUGUCUUUGUGUUUAAAAAUGUGUACGAAAACUUCCAUGUUAAUUAAAUUGUUUUCGCCCCGAACAUAAAUUGGCUUGUCUCAUUCAUAAUAAGGAUAAGCGCGAGGGGCGCGGCGCGGGGUAAUGCCGGUUCGCAAGGGGCUCCUUGCGCCCCAGAACACCUUCCUCGAUACUAUAGCGACACGCUUCGAUGGCACACACAGCAAUUUCGUGUUGGGAAACGCGCAAGUGCCGUGUUACCCGAUCGUAUAUUGCUCAGAUGGAUUCUGCGAGUUGACUGGAUGGGCUCGGGCGCACAUUAUGCAAAAGGGAUGCGCCUGCAAGUUUCUUCAUGGACCUGACACAAUGGAAGAACAUCGACACGAGAUCGACACAGCCCUGGAUUCCAAACAUGAACUCAAGCUGGAACUUAUAUUCUAUAAGAAAAACGGGACCCCUUUCUGGUGCUUACUUGAUAUCGUCCCAAUUAAAAAUGAAAAACGAGAAGUGGUCUUAUUCCUCGCUUCGUUCAAAGAUAUCACCAACACUAAGAUGGCCGCCAUGAACACUAAUGAGGAGUUCGACAGCGGAGCCGCGGUGCGGCCUUCGGCAGGAGUGGUCACUCUAGCGUUAUCCCCAUUUGUACCCGCAGCGGCACUUUUAGGCGCCAGGUUCCGAGCUGAAUCUAGUUGCCUACUUCCAGACCCGAAUGGCAAUCUUGACCCCGAAGCGCCCUCACCCGCCAACAUGGGCAGACGGCGCUCCAGGGCAGUUUUAUACCAGCUUUCAGGACAUUAUAAACCGGAUAAAAUGAAGACCAAAUUAAAACUCAACAAUGUUAGUAAGAACCUCCUACACUCAUCUGACCCUCCGCUGCCUGAAUACAAAACGUCAGCUAUAAAAAAGUCAAGAUUUAUUAUCUCACAUUACGGCAUUUUUAAAACCUUCUGGGACUGGUUGAUCCUAAUAGCAACAUUUUAUGUAGCUGUUGUGGUGCCAUAUAACGCGAGUUUUGUUGAUGAAGGUCAUCCAAGGAUCAGUGUAACGAGUGACGUUGUUGUCGAAGCCCUUUUCAUUAUAGAUAUCGUUUUAAAUUUCCGAACAACAUUUGUAAGUAAGAAAGGAGAAGUAGUAUCUGAUUCAAAAGCAAUAGCUCUUAAUUACAUCCGCACUUGGUUUGUCGUUGAUCUUCUUGCCGCGCUUCCGUUUGACCUACUUUAUGCAUCAGACGUAUAUAGCGGGACGGAGUCUACUCACGGGAACGUUCAUCUUGUGAAAUUAACUCGACUACUACGUUUGGCUCGUUUGCUCCAAAAAAUGGACCGAUAUUCACAAUAUUCCGCCCUAAUUUUAACUCUUUUAAUGUUAUCUUUCACGCUAGUAGCACAUUGGCUGGCCUGCAUAUGGUUUAUUAUAGCGGAAAAGGAAAUUCAGCAUCAUAGAAAUGAAAGUUGGGAUUUAGGUUGGAUUAACAAUCUGGCUGAACGCCUGAAAGUACCAAUUGUGAACAUAUCCCAUAGUGAGAGCUAUGUUACUGCUCUCUACUUCACUUGUUCAUCAUUAACGAGUGUUGGUUUCGGCAACGUGUCCGCAAACACCUUACCUGAGAAAAUAUUUAGCAUCCUUACAAUGCUUGUCGGAGCUCUAAUGCAUGCGGUUGUGUUCGGUAAUGUGACUGCAAUUAUUCAAAGAAUGUACUCGCGACGAUCUAUGUAUCAAAGCAAAUGGCGUGACCUCAAAGAUUUUCUCACCAUAAACCAAGUUCCUAAAGAACUUAAACAGCGCAUGCAAGACUACUUCCAAACAAUGUGGUCACUCAAUCAUGGCAUUGAUAUUCACGAGACCCUCAAAGAAUUCCCUGAGGAAUUGCGAGGAGAUGUGUCGUUACAUUUGCAUCGGGAGAUAUUAUCACUUCCAAUAUUUGAGUCCGCGUCUCAGGGUUGUCUGAAACUUCUGUCACUACAUAUUCGAAACAAUUUUUGCGCUCCCGGAGAAUACCUUGUUCACAAAGGAGAUGCUCUAACUUAUAUUCACUAUAUUUGUAACGGAUCGAUGGAAGUUAUGCAAAAUGAUAUGGUUGUCGCUAUUCUCGGAAAGGGUGAUUUGGUGGGAUGUGACAUGAAUACUCAUUUACAAGUCCACAAUGGCUCGGGAACAUCGCAAUCUAAUAACCCCGACGUGGUUGUAAAGUCAAGCAGUGAUGUCAAGGCCCUCACAUAUUGCGAUUUAAAAUGUAUCAACAUGGUUGGUCUGGGUGAAGUUUUACGACUUUACCCGGAAUAUCAACAAGAAUUUGUUCAUGAUAUAUUGCAUGAUUUGACAUACAAUUUACGAGAAGGCUACGAGGCUGAGCAAGAAGAAGGGAACGGGCAUCCAUCUCUCACUCUACCAUCAAUUUCAGAGGAUGAUGAAAAUGCCGCUGAAGAAAAUGCUCUAUCCCCAAAAAAACCUCUAUUAUCUAGUAGUAGUCCCCGUCAUACAAAAUUCAGAACUGACGGACAACCACGAUUAUCACAUAGGGAAUUGCGAGAAAGAAUCGAAAGACAGCGGUCGGUGGCUACACCCAAAAUUACUCGAGCUGAUUCUUUGGAGGGAUUAAAUUUAGAAAUGCAUAAUACACGCUCUUCAGUUGAUAGACUUGACACACAAGUGUCGAGCUUGCAUCAUGACGUUGCCGCUCUCAGCAUGGAGGUUCGUAAUGCAAUACAAGCUCUACAAGAGAUGACAGGUCCAGUGUGGCACGCAGCACACUCAAAUCCAAAUUUACAAUGGAACACUCCUCCUAAUCAACUUGCCAGAAGUUGUAGUCAUCCACCUGACGUAUUUUGCUGGGAUCAGCACGAACGCCCUCUCAGUCCUGAACGGCCAAAAAUAAAUCGAAGUACGCAAACCGAACCGUUUCUCCAUUGCGUUACUCAGUACAUACUGGAACACCCAGCUACUGUCAUGCUUCUGUUAGGAUUAGACCCAAUGGCAAACCUGGCGCCAGUGAUACCACCAGCUGUAGAGUAUUAUGAUACGAGAAGCAGAAGGCCGAGUGGUCUUGAGCAAAUAAUAGAAUCCGAAAAUGGUAGUCAAACACCGUCUAGUUCGGCCAGUGACAAAGGCGAAGCGGCGAAUAGCCCCAUUGGAAGUGAAAAAGAUCUCGACUUGCAGACGGAUAAGAUUCGGUCGUUAGAUAAAGACAGAAAUUUAAAUUUAAAAAGAAAUAGAUAUUCUGCUAGCGAUAUUUGUGAAGUAUCCGAGCGGUUGCUGCCUUCCAGAUCAUCUCCCAGCACAUAUAGCCUUAAAAAUAAUGAUAAAAGUUAAGUGGUCAUGAUUCCAAUAUGCUCAUUAGUCAAUACAUGUUCAAGUGGACUCUUGGUGUUACUUUAAUGGGAUACUUUCCUGUUACUACCAGACAAAGUAUUUAACUUUUUUUUCUACUUCGAAUAUAUCACGAAAAUUUACAUAUCAUGUCGUUAUCUGUAUAAUUUAUGAAUAAAUAAAAUACUAUCAUCUAGUCACUUGACAAAUUUUAUGUUAAAAUAACUUUCGUCUGUUAUCAUCCGAUGUUACAACUCACAAACCCUGUAACUAAUAUUUAGGUAAUAGUUGGUAUUUUUGAAAAUAUUGUUAUAUUAGUGACAUCUUCGUAUUAUAGCGACUCCUAACCUCAUUUCAUGUCUUCACGACAUAUCUGUGUGACAAUAUUUAACUGAAAUAUGUAAACAAAUGUUUAAACUAUUUCUAUACAGCUUUACCCAUAUAAAGUUUAGUCACGAUAUAUUGUUUGUUAUUUUUUAAUCCAGAUAAGAAUGAUGCUAAAGGAAAGUACGAGUAUGCUACCCUAACCUUUUAUUACAACAAUUUAUUUUUGUCAAUUUUAAAAAUAUUUUUAAUUCAUGCAACACAAAGGAUUUAAACCGUUUAUUUUAAAUUAAUCGAAUUCUUUAUAUGUCCUGUGUAUUAAUGUAAUUUUCUAUACAAAUUAUUAAAAAUCUAAAUGUUUGUCAAAAUUGUUGCCAAAGUCAAUGUUCGUAGUUCUUAGUGUAUACCUACAUAUUAAGUAGGACAUAUUAUAAACAGUCUAUUCCUAAUUAGAUUUAUCAAAAUAUGAUCUCUUAAUAUUUUUACUAAUUUAUAAACUUUUUUGAGCAUUUAAUGCUUUUUUCGUGUACUUAUUAUAUUAUUUAAGUCUGUUAAGUCUAAUUAAUUAUUCCGAAUAAAUAAAGAUUUUUUUUUUAUAUACAAUAUAGUAGAACCUUCCAAUGUGUAGAUAAUCACCUAUUUUACGGUUCUUAUUUUAAAAAGUAUUAUAUGAGCAAUAUUAUAGUAUGAUAUUGUAAAUAAUUAAUGUUGAUUUAAAUAAUGUAUUAUUUUAUUAGAAGUUAAAACAUUCAGCAAACCUAUCUAUGAUUGAAAUUCAGAUUGAUCUUUAAAUUUUAAUAGUUUUUAAUUAAUUUAUUCUUAGUAGCCUGUUCUGUCGGUGUUAUAGUGAAAGAAAAAAUAUAUAUCAUAGGAUUAAUUAUAAUUGGGUUGAAUUUGAAUAUCAAAAUUAAUACAUUUGAUUAUAAACUACGAAGGGAAAAUAUUUAGAAAAAUGUUAAAGACAUUCUGAAACAUUCGAUUUAAUUAUCUUGUUUAUUAGAGUAGAGACAUCCCUGACCGCUCCCACCUUCUAAUUAAAUUAUAUACCACGUUAGGUAUCUCAUGGAUGUUUUUUACCUGUAAUGCCGAACGAACGGGUCAACAUGCAUGUGUAUUUCAUAAAAACUAUGAGAAUUUAGAUAAUAAUUCUUUAAAGAACGGAGACGCUUACUAGAUAUAUGAAUUAAAAUGUGGUGUACGUUAUACUCGUAAAAUCCCACGAAUGUGAUAUGGAGAAGAACACGUGCAGUGCCUAAAAUCUUAUUUAUUUACAUUAUAAUUCUUGAGAUUUAUCGUGAUCUUUAAACAACAGUCGCAUGUUUGUGCGUAAACAUAUUUUUUGUACAUAGACAUUAUUAAUGAUCUUUCUCUUGUAGUACAAAGUUAAUUGUGUAAAGUUAAUAAAGACAAUUUGAUGUUAAA